AUGUCAGUAGAUCCGAGAAGAAGAUUGAGUCGUCAUGAAUUGACACCUGAAAAUUUACAAACUUCUAUACAAGUCAGUAAUUUACCUGCUGAUUGGACACCUGAAACUGUUUCUUCUAUAGUUGCAGGUUCUGGUGUAAUAGUAGAAGUGACUCCUAAGAUGGAUCCACGUACCAAUAAACUUACGAAUGUAACAUAUGAUUAUUCCAAUAGUAGAGAGUGUGAGGAUGCAUAUUCAUUAUUAACAAAGAUUGAUAAACUACCAUGUACUAUGGAGAGAACGAUCCCUACCAACUAUAAAGCUAGACUUAAGGCCAUAGAAGAUGGCACACCCAUAGAUAGACCUGAGAUAGAAUUGAAUAGAGACUCUUAUCCAUGGGAUCUAGGGUUGGAACUUCCUUUUCAAAUGGUAACAAAUGUACCGAUUCCAAGAAGACCACCAGUUGGUUCAUCUACCACUAACAGUGGUACUAGUACAACAAAUGGUUCAACAUCAAAUAUGGCAUUCCCAGAUAUUUUAAGUAAAGCUUCAAAACAUUUACCUGUAUUAACACCUAAUGCCUUGACAACACAAGAUCUUACUGGUAUUUCAAACAAUUUAAGUAAGAUUGCACCUUUACAAUUAAUAGAGAUGAUAUCUAAUUUAAAGAUAUUAGCAAAUCAAUCGACUACAAAACGUUCUCAAAUUGAAGAUUUUUUAUUAAAUAAUAAUAAAGAUAUUACAAUCGCUGUAUCACAAGCAUUAUUGGAAAUGGGGUUUAUAGAUUAUAAUGUCGUAAAUUCUGUUAUAAAUUCACAACCUAGCACCAUAAAUCAACCAGUCAAUGUAGUACAACCACCUGUAGUACAGCAGACACCCCUACAAGUACCUCAACCGCAAAUGCAAACCCCACCUGUACAAGAAACUGUACCUAUAUCAUCACCUCAGCCAUCUAUUCAACGCCAAAUUAAUGAACCAAAAUUACAAGCAGCACCAGAAAAUCAACGUGAGAUGAUCAGACAAGUUUUAACGUUGACAGAUUCACAAUUAGAACAAUUACCGGAUGCACAACGUACAAUGGUUGAAGGUCUUCGUAAAGAGUAUUUGAUAUAA